UUCUGUGGCUCUGUUGUGUACAUACAGACUAAUGUCAGCUGUGGGAGGAGUCUCACACUGUGAGGCUGAACAUCAUAUGAAAAGGUUACAUAAAGCUCAGGAGUUUUGUGUUUUAUUCACAUGAAUCCAGCUGACAGACACCAAACCUGAAGACAACAGCAGUGAGUUCUGCAUCUGCUCUAAGGUCUGCUUGUACACUCAGAAUGGACAGGGAACAGUGUUGUGUGAAGCUGUCGGUCCAGCCGUCCAGAGGACUUGUGGAUGAGAAGUUCACCGUCCUGGUCCAGCAUGUCCCUCCUGGUUCCCAACUCACGGUCCACGCUCUGCACCAGUGUGAAGACGGACACACGUGGGAGGCGUUCGCUCACUACAUCGCCAACGCCACCGGGACAGUGAACGUUUCAGAGGAUCUCAGUCUGGGUGGGACAUAUUCUGGGGUUGAACCGAUGGGUCUGCUCUGGAGCCUCAGACCAGUUCCAGGCAGCAAACCUGGGCUCAGGAUGAGGAAGAUGAACGUCCAGACUCCCAUGGAGAUCAGGAUCUCGGUGUACCAAGGUCACCCAACUGAAGGCUUCAUAACUCAGGUGCCGCUGGCCAGGGAGUUGGUGGAGCGCUGGUACAUGGCGCCCGGCGUCCGCAGGGUCCCGAUCACAGAGGGUGGACUCACUGCGACCCUCUUCCUGCCCUCAGGACCUGGACCUUUCCCCGGCCUUCUGGACCUGUGGGGGGGUGAAGGGCAUUUGUUGGAGUACCGUGCUGCGCUGCUGGCCUCUCGUGGCUUUGCCUCCCUGACCCUUGACUACCUGACUCCUAAAAUCGCCUCGGAAACUGGAAAGAUGGUGGACAACCAGUACUUUGAGAAAGCUUUCCAAGUCCUGCAGCAGCAUCCUCAGGUCCUCGGCAGCAGGAUCGCCAUGAUGGGCCUCUCCCUCGGCGCCAGUUUCACACUCAAAAUGGCCGCUUACUCCGAGGUUAUAAAGCUCAGCAGUGUGGUGUGCAUUAAUGGGACUCAUGUGCAGCCAGUCGAUGGAUCUGUGGAAGAAAUGCUGGAAUACUUUAGAAGUAACGCUGAGAAGACUCGCUUCAACGAGGAGAACCAGGUGAUCUGGCGAGAUCUGCCGCUGCCCAUCCCCACCGACCCUGAACUCAAAGUGGACGUGGGACGACUGCAGUGUCCUGUGAUGUUGGUCGUAGCGGAGGACGAUCAGAACUGGCCGGCGUCCGAGUCUGCUCAGGACAUGAAGGAGAUGAUGGAGCAGGCGGGGAACAGCCACCUGCUGACCAUCCUUUCGUACCCAAAUGCCGGUCACCUGAUUGAACCUCCGUACACGCCGCACUUCAGAGCCAGCCCCUUCAAGACAGUCGACCGAGGCCAGACGUUCAUGGCUCUGUGGGGCGGAGACACGGUGCCUCAUGCUCGCGCUCAGGAAGACGCCUGGAGGAAGAUGCUGGCCUUCCUGCAAGAGAAUCUCUACGGCAGCACAAAGCGUGCUGCAACCUCAUUAUCACACCUGUGACAAGGCGACGACUACUGAUUAUAGAGUUGCAAAGUUAUUUCAGGCUCCAGAAAGUGAAUAUCCUAUUCACAUUUUUCAUAGACAACGUUGCAUGACUUACAAUUUGAACACUUCUACAGCUUUGAUUGACAUAAAACUCUCUUGGCUGAAUCACUAGAACAAAAAACGUGAAACAAACAAAAAGGUGAAGAUACAAACUUGUGUACAUAAGAAAUUUGCAGGAAUAAUUAAGUAUGACUCCCAAGAUCCAUUUUGACAAUCAUAGUGUUUAACAUUCUGUUUUAUGAGCCACCGAUGCUGCGUUAUAUAUAACAUCAUAUCUGAGUUAUUGUAAUUAUGAAUUUCCAACUUUUAGAUAGUGUUCACGUUGGAAUUAUGACUGGAAGCUUUUCAGAAAGCUCCAAUAUAUCCGACGUGGCUCUUAAUAAUGCAGAAGUGCCUGAAAACAAAACCAACAUGGACAUCAGCAAAAGACCUACAUGCAAUGUAAUUAAACCCAAAUUUAAUAGAUAUGGUGUUAUAUGGUGACUCUAUAUGGUGUUAUAGAGUCAGCCGAUUUCAAUUAUUUCUUAAAUGCCUGAAUUGACUGCAGCAUUAGAAAUGCUUUAAGAUAAGGGAAGAUAAUUUCAAAGUUUUGUUGUUUACAGGGGAGCUCAGGUCUCUUUUAAGGGAGGUAAACCAAACACUGGUUUUAUAAUGAUAAAAAAAAAAACAUAGAAACGCAGAAAAUCACAUUUGACUCACAUUGCAUUCAUUUUUGGUCGAAUAAUUACUCAAAACAGAGAUCUGUUCAGGAAGCUGUCAUUAGUCUGUCAGUGUGCCAUCAAUAUAUGUCAUAAGUUAAACAUGUUCCAACAGUUUUUAGUGGAUUUCCUCCCUUCAACACACGCACAGCUUUGAAAAAACACAUUUUUGAGUGUCUGCUAAACACCAUCUUUACUAUAUAACUGAAGCAAGUCAACUGUAAUCAAAACAUUGUCAAAGGGAGUGAUGUUAAAUGGAGAAACCUGACACACAGUUCUUAUUGAUACAGAGAAGGUGAGGUAUGCUAUCUUCUGUGAAUUCAUAUCAUACAAUGCUGGUUUAUCAAAGAUCAUUUAUUGAUCACUGAUGUUGUACUUUGAUGUUUUUCUGGAGUCAGAAUGUCUGUAUCACAUAAAUACAGUCAUAAAUAAUAAAAACAUCAACACUUCUU